GAGAUUAAAGCUGCUUCCCGAAGCUCGCCCCAGCCCAUGUCACCCUCUGAUUUCCUGGACAAGCUUAUGGGACGAACGUCAGGGUAUGAUGCCCGGAUUCGACCCAACUUCAAAGGUCCGCCUGUCAACGUGACGUGCAACAUCUUCAUCAACAGCUUCGGCUCUGUCACCGAGACCACCAUGGACUACCGAGUGAACGUCUUCCUGCGGCAGCAGUGGAACGACCCCCGCCUGGCUUACCGCGAGUACCCCGAUGACUCCCUCGACCUUGACCCCUCCAUGCUCGACUCCAUCUGGAAGCCAGACUUGUUCUUCGCCAAUGAGAAAGGGGCCAAUUUCCACGAGGUCACCACCGACAACAAGCUGCUGCGCAUCUUCAAGAAUGGCAACGUGCUCUACAGCAUUAGGCUGACGCUGAUCCUGUCCUGCCCCAUGGACCUUAAAAACUUCCCUAUGGACAUCCAGACGUGCACCAUGCAGCUGGAGAGCU